AUGCGGGCGGCGCUGGCAGCGUGGCUGGUGCUGAGCCUGCUGGGGGGGACAGGGGCCGAGGACACGUGCGGCGGGGACCCCCCCGCAGCCCCGUCCCGCUCCAUCCCCGCGCCCCAGCUGAGCCCCGAGGAGCGACUCUCGCCCCACAUGCCCGAAUCCCUGCGCUGUGACGCCUGCCACGCCAUCGCCUUCCAGAUUGAGGAGCAGCUGCGCAAGGCAGAAGGGAAGGUGGGCAAGAAGGCUCUGAAGGAGUCGGACUACAUAGAGGUGCUGGAGAGGAGCUGCUCACAGGACUGGGAGAGUUACGGGCUGCUGGAGCUGGACGGGGAGAAGCGGCUGUCGGGGCCGGGGCUGCCGAGCCAGCAGCCCCUGAGCGUGCUGGUGUCGGGGGGACCGUGGCCGGGCAGGCUCUCCAAGCUGUGCCACGGCUACGUGGGCGAGCGGGGCGAGGCGCAGAUCUACGGCGCGCACCGGCGGGGCCCGGCCGCGCUGCGGCAGCUGCUGUGCCACGGCGACAAGGGACCGUGCGCCGGCCGCAAGGAGCGCCCGGAGCCCCGCAAGGCGCCGCAGAACGAGCUGUAG